UCGUCUGCAUCGACUGCAGUCCAACGUUGGUCGUCGGUGUGUAGCUUUCUGCGUAGUUUGUCCGGGUGUAGUGAGUGUAUGCGAAAACAACAGUAAUCGAAAUUGAGAUACAGAAGGACGUUGAUUCUAGUGUAAUUAAUCACAAUUCCUUCAAUCAAACCGAACCUCAGUAGUAUAUAGCGAGUAGCGUAUAAUUGUUCAGAGGCCGGAUUUCACGUUUUCCUCCGAAGUGAUACAUUUAAUUAACGGAACAAGAAGAAAACAGCUAGCGGUUCGUUCUGCUUUAUGGAAACGGCUGGAAUAUACAAAAAAUCGAUUCCAUUGUAGUUCAAGAACCGUUUUGCUGCUAAUGAUUUGCUGACAAUCGCAAUCUUUGUGCCUCAUUUGCUAUUUGCCGCAGCCGUUUGCGAAUAUUUCGUAGCGAUUGCUAAAACUGGAAAGCCUCAGGAGAACAGGCAGCGGGAAAAUGUCGACAGACUCUGGAAAGAACGUGAUUCGAGCUUUAAAUGGUCAAUAACGACGCCGGCCAAGUCCUUAAAGUUACCAGGGGAAGGAAAGGAAUGUUAGUAUGAUAUUCGCCGCCCGAAGGCCAGAAGGGUCGCCUCUAUAGCGUGGUUCCCUAGCGAAUAUCAAGGACGGGAUAGUUGUUAGUAGGGAUAGGUAUAAAUCAGGAUUCACUGAGAGAUUAUCUUCAGGUAUCCUGAGAAGGAAAACCGGACUGAAAUGGAAUAUAUACAAUUUAUCGGACGCACAUUUGCUAAUCGCUAGUCGGCGGACUUUUUAUUGUGGGAAACCUGAGAAGGGUGCGCCAUCUCAAUUCCAAUCGCAACGGCGGAGAUUUUUUUUUUUGGAAACCUGAGAAGGUAACCGACAUAACUCCUCUAAAAUCAAUCGGACUGACGAUUUAUGCUGUUAUGCAUCGCGCAUAACAGGCUGAGAGUAAUUUUUGGAAACCCAAGAAGUUCUCCAAUGUGGAAACGUCCGGUUAUGUCGGCUUCGCGAACCUGCCCAAUCAGGUACAUCGUAAGUCGGUGAAGAAGGGAUUCGAGUUUACCCUGAUGGUAGUCGGUGAAUCGGGUUUGGGCAAAUCUACCCUCGUUAAUAGCCUGUUCCUGAGCGAUCUUUACCCCGAGCGGGUAGUUCCGGAUGCAGUGGAGAAACAACACCAGACAGUGAAGCUCGAUGCAUCGACGGUGGAGAUUGAGGAACGCGGAGUCAAGCUCCGAUUGACUGUCGUUGACACACCUGGGUUCGGUGACGCGAUCGAUAACAGCGACAGUUUCAGUGCCAUUUUGGAGUACAUCGACGAGCAGUACGAACGUUUCUUGCGGGAUGAGAGCGGUCUCAACCGAAGGAAUAUAGUCGAUAACAGGAUACACUGCUGUUUCUACUUCAUAUCACCGUUUGGGCAUGGCUUGAAACCCCUCGAUAUUGAGUUUAUGAAAAAACUCCACUGCAAGGUGAACAUUGUGCCGGUGAUAGCGAAAGCGGACGUGCUGACCAAAAAGGAAAUCCAGCGCCUCAAGUGUCGUAUACUGCAGGAAAUCGAAGACAAUGGGAUCAAAAUUUAUCCACUGCCAGAUUGUGAUAGCGACGAGGACGAGGACUACAAGGAACAGGUGCGGCAGUUGAAGGAGGCCGUGCCGUUCGCCGUUUGUGGAUCAACCACUCUGCUUGAGGUUAAAGGGCGGAAGGUACGGGGCCGACUGUAUCCAUGGGGCGUUGUGGAAGUCGAGAAUCCAGAGCAUUGCGAUUUCAUUAAGCUUAGAACAAUGCUAAUCACUCACAUGCAGGAUCUGCAAGAGGUUACGCAGGAGGUUCACUAUGAAAACUAUCGCUCCGAGCGGUUGGCCAAGUCGGUGCGCAAGAACACCAAUAAUCCUACCAUCAAAGACGAAAACGGCGCGGGCGAAUUGCACGCCGACAAGGAUCGAAUCCUGCGCGAGAAGGAAGAGGAAAUCCGUCGCAUGCAGGAAAAACUUGCCCAGAUGCAGGCCAAAAUACAGGCACAAAAAUAAAGGUUACAACGUGCAAAGUGACAAUGGAUUCGGGAAAUUUUAAUCUAGAUCAUCUCAAUCCUUCCCGGGCGAAUUGCGUUUAGUGAUUUGGCUAGUUGGAUCAGUUGUGAUUUUUACCACGUAGAAACGGAUCACUACCAUAUUAAACAUACAAAAAAUCAGAAAACACAGAAACGCCAUCCCUUUACCACAAGAGCACAAGCAAAAGAAUAAAGGAAGUAGAGAUAUAGGUUAACAUUUUUGCAAUUGAUGUUGUCAUAUUUGCAACCUAAAUACACGAAAAAGAGAGAAUGACAAUGAAAAAACAGACAAACAAACAAACGAAAAAGAAUAUCGCUCAUCGUUCAUAUAUAAACCUAUGCUAAAUCAAAUUUCCGUUCUUUGAAUGUGCACAUCAACGGAUCAUGUUUUAUCCAGAGAAAACUUGAACUUUAUAACAACAAGUACAAAACAAAACAGCGUAACAACUCACGAAUUAAUACUAUCAACGACACCACUGUACACUACUAUUCAAGUAGCUAGGUUCGGUAACGGCUUGAAACCAUCACUUGUUCAAGCUAGAGUACCAUCGUGUUUUUGUUGAUCCCGGCGUUUCAUGGUGUGUUCCAGAGUAGAGAUUGAAUCGAAUCUCCUCAUUUGCCGAUAAGUGGCAGUCAAUAGACAGCAGGACAGAGUUUAAUGUAGGAAACCACAGCAUACAAUUCAAUUCAAUUCGUUCUAUUUCAUACAAUUCUUCACUAGUGUAGAUGUAUAGUCUGUCAUAUUCUAGUUUGUUCCAUCUGAGCAGAGCAAUAAUAAAGCAAGGAAAACAUUUUAUUUUUGGAUAGCUUUUUUUUUAUUAUCGAUAAUAGGACGUGAAUAUCAUAGCGGUAUUUUAGAGAGACUUGAUAAAAUGCGUUUUUUGUUUGCGAUACAUACACAAAACAAAACGAGCAUAUAUACACACGGUUAGUGUUAAGGCAGACAAGCGUUAUCAUAAAUUGUUAGUGAUACUUAAAGAAAACUAGUAGUGGAAACGAUUCUUCUCCGGUGAAGCAGAGAGCCCGUUUGAAAUGUGACACACGCGGAGUGUAUUGUGUGCAUCACAGCGCUUCGGCAUGCUUCACGUUAAGUGUCUGACUUCGAUGGCGAACGGGAACGCCAAGGAAUUAUUAUUGAGUGUAAAAGUAACCAAGAUAGCGUUAGAGAGAGAAUUAAUUGAAAUUCGAAUCAUGAAAACAGUAUAUAUUUUUUCUUACUGUAACUAUUUUUACUAUUCAACGAAAUAAAUCUCAACGGGAUCAUAAUCCAUAA